AUGGCCAGUGAACCGAACUUCGCCGUGAUUGCUCAGUGUCUCGAUGGGAUCAAGCAUGAGGUCGGGCUCCUCCCGAACAUCAUCCCGCUCACUGCUGCCAUGUUUCGACAGGAAAUGCAGCUUACUCUAGGCACCAUCCUUUCCGAGUUGCGGACGGAGAUCGCGGCAAUGCGAGCGGAGAUGGGCGAGAUGCGAGCAGAGAUGGGAGCAGAGAUUGGCCAGCUCCGCGCCGAGAUGGGUCAGCUCCAGGUAGGGGCGGGUCAGUUCCGUGCGGAGCCAAAGACUGUUGCCCAUUCGCCUUCACAAUGCCACGGCGGGAGACGGGGCGCCUCUCCGCUACCCGCCGGGGGUAACGGUCGAAAAUGGUAUGCCGGUCACACAGCAGGACGUCUUGACGCUGAGUGCCGAAGGAUGUCAGCAGACGUCCGCCGCACUUGGGCUCCCGCCCGUGCCGAAUCAGACGGUUAUCUUACGGAGGAGUCAGAUUGCAGAGUAUCUGGGGGUUCCGUUGCAGCUUCAAACUCCUGCCCCCCCGCCUCCAAGCGGAUAACUGGAUAUAAACCUCAAGGUGAGCAUUAA